CAGUGAUCCGCAGGGCUUUAGGACCCCGAGCAGCGCCGAAGGGGACCGGGCAGGCGGACGAUGCUGCCGCGCACGUAUGACGUUACCAGUCGGCGCCCAGAAACGGCGAGAAACAGGUUUCUCGCUGCCUCAGCUCCACGCGCCAUGGCGGAGCCGGUCCAGCAGCCCCCUCAGCCCAGCGGCGGGAAGCGCAAAGGCAAGGCUCAGUACGUGCAGGCCAAGCGCGCUCGGCGCGGCGAGGCGGGGCCUCGGCAGCUGGAGCCCGGGCUGCAGGGCAUCCUCAUCACCUGCAACAUGAACGAGCGCAAGUGCGUGGAGGAGGCCUACAGCCUGCUCAACGAAUACGGCGACGACAUGUAUGGGCCCGAAAAGUUUACAGACAAAGAUCAGCCGCCCUCUGGAAGUGAGGGAGAAGACGAUGACAUGGAAGCUGCCUUGAAGAAAGAAGUUGGUGAUAUUAAGGCUUCUACAGAGAUGAGGCUAAGAAGAUUCCAGUCAGUGGAGAGUGGAGCAAAUAAUGUAGUCUUCAUCAGAACACUUGGGAUAGAACCUGAGAAAUUGGUGCAUCAUAUUCUCCAGGAUAUGUACAAAACCAAGAAAAAGAAGACUCGAGUUAUUUUAAGAAUGUUACCCAUCUCAGGCACAUGCAAAGCUUUCUUAGAAGAUAUGAAAAAAUAUGCAGAAACAUUUUUGGAGCCCUGGUUUAAAGCUCCAAACAAAGGGACAUUUCAGAUUGUUUAUAAAUCUCGAAAUAACAGUCACAUGAAUAGAGAAGAAGUUAUCAAAGAACUGGCAGGAAUAGUGGGUAGCCUCAAUUCAGAAAAUAAAGUGGAUCUCACCAACCCCCAGUACACGGUGGUAGUAGAAAUCAUCAAAGCUGUCUGUUGCCUGAGUGUGGUGAAAGAUUACAUGUUGUUCAGAAAAUAUAAUCUCCAGGAGGUUGUGAAGAGUGCUAAAGACCCACCACAGCCCCACCCAAAGCUAGGAAAUGGGAAAGAAGCAAAAUUGGAACCUGAAGCCAAAUUAAAUCAAAAUGACCCCUCAGAAGGAAAAAACAACCAGCAGGUGGUACCCGAGAAUAAUGAGGAGCUGGAGCAGACAAAACCCAAGUCUGAGUCACAGGUGGUGCAUGAGGAAGGAGCUAAACCUGAACUUGCAGAUCAAGUCACAGAAGGAUCCAAGUCAAAUGAAAAUGACCACUCAUAGGAGGUCAUUUUAUGUUGGAGAGAUGCUGAUAUCAACAGUGUGAAGAUGAAGUUCUCAAUAAUGCUACAAAAAUGGUUAAUUUUAUUUAAGGUCCAUUUAUAUAAGAAUGUUAAGCAAAUCCCAAACUAAAACAUGGAUAAAGAGCACAUAUAUCUCAUACUGCCUACAGAAACCUGCUGUCUUAUCAGAGGAAGAGUUCUUAAAGAAUGUGAGUGGAAAGGUGAGUUAUCAGGGUAUUUACAAGAAAAUAACAGGACAGGUUUGCUGAAUGCUUUGAAAAUGAAAAUGGUGAUAGAAAGCAGCCUAUUUAGCAGAAAUUGCCAUUGUAUAUAUAAUGAAAAAGUUUCUGCAAGAUCCUAGAGAAACAUUUUUUUCUUAAAGUGAUCUAACUCCAAGAUUUAGAAGGAAACAGACUCUGGAAAAGUAAUUUUAAAGAGUUGCCAAAGGAACUGUUGAAGUACUUCUGCAGCAACUUGCACUUGAAAAUGAAGAUUACAAAAGUGGCAAACCUUCGACCUGAAGGAAUGCAAAACCAAGUUAAGCAGCAUUUCUUCUCCUGUUUUCACUCUGAAGGAAGAAAAAGAACUUCACUCUGGUCUGACAGCUCAGGACUUCUUUGAAAUCAGAGCAUUCUACUUUGUGCUCACGCUCAUGCCACAAGGGGUCACUGCAGGGGUUACCUGAAUUUGAAAACGUUUUCAAGGGUCCCUCCCAGGUGAAGCGAUUGAAAAAGGCUGGAAGAGAGACACCAAGGAGCAGUGUAAAAUAGGUUGGGAAUAUUAAGGGGCUAUAAGUAAUUUGGGUGUUUAUUUUAAAGUUUGAUAGUAUAAGUGACAAAGGCUCCCUCCAUAAGUGACUGCUUAUGUAAUGGCCAGUCGACAUGGGAACGUGUGUGUACCCUGAGAGCUCUGCGUGGUAAGCAGACUAGAAGGACCUGGGGGUGGGCACGACCUUGCUAAUGUAGGUGAGGUGGAACGUGGGCAUCUUCAGAUGUUCAGGAUGUUAACUCAGACGUAUUCCUGAAAGGAUGAGUGUUGUCAGUGUCAUUUGGGGGACAGGAAGAAUGGGAUCGUGGUGCCUUCUUCAGUGGACUUGCUCCAGGACAAAGAUUCUUUUGAUAGUACAAGAUAAAGGGACUCUGGGAAUAAGCUGGCCAUACAGCUACAGAACAGAAGACUAGCACCGAAUGGGUUCCUUUUGCUUUGUGAAGCUGCUACGCUACAGAAUUUUGCUUUGAUGGUUUGGGUUUAGUCACUUUUUAUGUCUAUUUUUAUUUGGUAAGACCUGAGCGUGACACAAGCUGCUGUUCCCCCUGUGCAUACCAUGCCUGUUGGGGGCUAAAUUCAUCCAUGGACAGAUUUUUUUAAUCAUCUGUUUAUACAUUUGAGCAUUUUGUUUAUAAAUGAUGAGAUCCAGGGUUGGAAUCGAAUGCUUUUUUUUUUUUUUUUUAAUUAAAUUAUAGAGUUAAAAACACUUCAGUUGUUGUGGUUUAGUGAACUUGUUUUGCUCUAUUGAAAAAAGAAUUAAAAUUGGCAUUUUAAAAUGUUUCUUGAAGCUUAAACAUGAUUUUCAGAUGUCACUUUUGCUUGUAUUUUGCUUUUGGUACAGCCAGAUAUUCAGCUUGUUUUUCAUAGUUUCUGGUAUUUUCCAAAAAACCAAAAUAAAUUUGUUCCUUAAA